AUGCCCAGAGGACGAGGAAGAGGAAGAGGAAGAGGAAGACGAGGAAGGGGGCGACCCCGUCGUAGAGAAGUAGGACGAGGUGUGGCAGUAGGGGGCCCACCUCAAGAAAGAUCAGAGACUGGGCCGGUAACAGUUACGCCGCCCCCAGUCUUACCGCCAGUUGAGCUACCUCCUCAAGCUCCACUACAAGCUGAGCCUCCACCACCAGUAGAAGCCCCACCCCAGCCUACCCUACCACUCCAAGUCGCACCUGAAGCUGCACCCCCAAUGGGUGGAGUAGAUGCUAAUACUAGGUUAAUGUGUGACUCGAUCCAAGCCCUAAUUCAAACCUUAGUAACCAAUCAACAAGCCAGUCUACAACAGGCCCAGGAACAAGCCCAAGCACAGGCCCAGGCACAGGCGUUGGCACUGGCACAAGUACAGGCACAGGUACAGGCCCAGGCACAGGCACAGGCACAGGCACAGGCCACUGCUCAGGCCAAUCCCCCAGUAAACCCUCCACAACCUGUUAGAUGUUCAAACUGGAUAAGGGAUUUCAAGAGAUACGACCCUCGACCAUUCACUGGUUCCCUAGUAGACCCCAUAGAAGCCCAAAUGUGGAUUGCAGCGGUGGAAACCACCUUUGAGACUAUGGAGUGCCCAGAGAACCAAAAGGUCGCCUGUGCAACCUUCGUCCUACAAAAGGACGCAGAGAUAUGGUGGAGAGAUAACAAGACCCUUCUUAACCCAGAAGGGGGACCAAUGAACUGGGAACGAUUUAAGGAGGCCUUCCUUAAAGAAUAUUAUCCUAAGUCAGAGCGACUUAAAAAGCAGCAGGAGUUCGCCCACCUGGUACAGGGCGGACUCACAGUGGAGAGGUACAACCGAGAGUUCAAUAGACUCAAGAGAUUCGCACCGUCCAUGGUGGACACUGAGGAAAAGAUGACAGAGAAAUUUGUAUUGGGUUUGGUACCAAGAAUCCGCCGCAUGUUGGAGGCGUUCAACCCAAAGACCUAUGAGGAAGCCUUGAGAACUGCCAAGGCUUUAGAGAAACCAAAGGAUGAGAAACGGCGUGAAGAGCGAGUUAUAAUUGGGCAGAAGCGUCCUCAUGAAUCAGGAGGCUCUGACCGUCCACCACCAGCACAUAGGCACCGAACCCCAGGAAUCAGGAUGGGGCCAGAGGGAGGAGAGAGGAAGGGUGCACUAUCUGUGGAAGACUACACGGUGGGAGGUGCAUGGCUGGCAGCCGAGCGUGUUAUAGGUGUGGCCAAGAGGGGCACAUCGCCGUGA